AUGGUGCGCCAUAUCUCCCGGGUCUACCUCCUAACAGACUUUGUGAACGCCUACCGCGAGAAGCUCUACUUUCAACCACUUCCGCUGUUUGAUCCGAAGCGUCUCCUGUUGAAGAUCGGGACAUUACCUCAGUACCUCCGGUGGAGCUUCCUUGCUUUGUCACUUCAUUACACAAGUCAUAAUUUCUACUAUGGAUUGGAAGGGAAGGCUAUUGAGUAUUAUACCACGUCGGCGAGGAGUGUAAUCGUUGAUAUGGCGGCCGAAGGGCUUGUGCAUUUGGAGGUGAUGCAGGCUUUGUGUCUGCUUGCUUUGUGUGACCAUAUCGCUGGAAAGUCUUCUCGGGCCUGGAUGAUGAUAGGUAUGGCUGCAAAGCUAGAGUCGCUUCGUCUCUCAGACUCAAAGGUCAGCGGAUCGCGACAGUCUGAUGAUGCGAUCUCAAGGUGUCACUGGAGCAUCGCCAUUCUAGAAAGCACCUUUACUCCCCACUGUAACACUCUCUUCGAAGUAGCCCACGCACCGAAUUAUCCCAAGAGCGUACCGCGACCAACGACUCUGCAUGGCAUGAAGACAUAUUGCGCCGACUUGACGGAUGCAUACGAAGCAAACGUCCAAGACGUAGGAAUUGUCGCAACCUGUCUCGGCUACAUCUCCGUCUGGGGCAGUAUCAUUUCUUACCUCCGCGACAUCCGCAACGGAGCAAACGAAUAUCCAUGGCUAGCAACCUCAAGACACAAUCAACUCACCGUCAAGCUAUACGAACUCGAAAACAUCACCUCCCACCGCCAUCUCAUCCGCAACGCCCCUUUCCCUGACCAACCCCCCUCUGAGCUCAGCGAAAACAGAGAAUACUGGGCCCCAUGGGUACUAUUCCAAGUGAUGAUGCACGCUACCCAAGCCAUCCUCAACAACCCCUUCGUCCAACUCGUCGCUCUUCGUCGCGCAGGUCGGAAUUUUCAACCACGCUCUUUUCUUCAGAAUACCGUUGAUCAGGCUUUGUUCCAUGCUGAGUGGGUUUCCAAACUUGUGAGCAUGUGUGCGGAUAGACAGUUUGAGGUCAAUGAUCCUUUGGUUGGACAGGCUGUUGCGGGAUGUGUUUCGAUACUGUGGAUAUUUCAGUUUGCGAGGGAUAGGAAGGUUUCGGAGAAGGCGAAGGAGAAUUUGAGUAUUUGCGAGACGUUUUUGGAGCAUUUAUCGCGGAAGUGGCCUCAUAUUGCUGAAAAGGUCGAGAUUCUACGCACGCUCAACAUUAAAGCGAAAAAGAAGCGACAAUCGCCACAAGAUGAUGAGUCCAGUAGCGCAACUAUUCAGUUUGAACCGGAUAUGAUGUGGGAGCUUCUUGAUCCCGCCAUGUCAGGCCGAGACUGGGCUGGCUUAUGCAAAGCUGGCGGGACUUAUGCUGCGACGAGCGCUACGAUCAAGGUCGCGACCAAGUUUAUACAUCCGAUUAACAGCGAUGAGGAUAACGAGCCGAUGGAGAAUUCUUCGCAUAAUUUAUUUGAUCUGGAGGAUAUUUAUGGAGAGCCGUUUCUAGAUCAGUUCUUUUCUGAUUCUUUGCUUGUCAAUAUCUCAGACACAUAG